UUCGUUCGAACGGUUCAGUCGAGUGUCGGCCUCUCACCGAGUCGCAUCUGCUCCUCGAUCCGCGUCCUCGAUUAGUGUCCACAGGAAAACGGAAGCCGUGCCUAGUGAAGAACAGCUCCGGUGCCUGUGAUGUGCGACUACCGUCGUUGACAGGAUCAAGAGUGUCGCGUGCCUUGAGAAUCAUGAGAGAUCGAUCGAGGGAGACAUGAGGCAGUGACAUGAACGACAGACUUCGAAAAUGCAGGAAGACGUAACGAGGAAAGUUAUUCGCAUGUUAACGAGUUAACUGCCAAGUUAAUGAAUUAUUAUAAUUGCUUAACGGCAAAAUUUAACGGCGAUGUUGCUUUCGGAGGAACAUGAGAUGAACGUCGAGAAAAUGUUUCGUGGAAUCGAUAAAUGGUCGAACUUGGACUAAAUAGCGGUUUGUUUACCUCGGCUGAAUGAGACCGGGGAAUCCAUUGUCGAGUACAAUGGUCACUUUCACUGGUUUCAAAACCGACAGGCGUCGAUUCAUGCACGGAUGAGGUGGAAGAAGCAAGGAGUCACCGAGGGCGAAGGAGCAUCGAUCCUGCUACUCGUCGCAUUGGCUCCUGUUAUCUGCUCCGCUGGAAUCCUGGACCCUUGGCAGUGGGCACGUAGCGAUCGUAUCGAGGUCAACAUUCCUUGGUUGCCAUUCGAAAACGAGACACGUUGCUACGACGAGCUAGGCUGUUUGAACAUAACCAGGAGCUGGUACCACCUCAUCCAUAGGCCACUGAACGUCUUUCCUUUACCUCGAGAAGUCAUCAAUACAAGAUUUAUCUUGUACACGAAAGAGAACCCCACCGAAGGUCAAGUGCUGACAGUCGCUAGAGACAAGUCCAUUAAGCGAUCGCACUUCAAUGCAAAGAAGAAAACGAAAUUUAUCAUACACGGUUUCAUAGACACUCCGCUCAGCAAUUGGGUCAAGGAGAUGAGGUACGAAUUACUGAAACAUGACGAUUAUAAUGUCAUCGUCGUCGACUGGGCCGGAGGUAGCCUGCCAUUGUACACUCAGGCAACUGCCAAUACGAGACUAGUGGGCCUUGAAAUAGCUCAUCUCAUCAAACAUUUAGAGACAAAUUACGGGCUGGAUCCGAACGACGUACACCUGAUUGGCCACAGCCUGGGUGCCCACACAGCGGGAUACGCAGGUGAAAAAUUAGGUGGAAAUAUAGGUCGUAUAACGGGGUUGGAUCCCGCGGAACCUUAUUUCCAAGGAAUGCCUAGUCACCUAAGACUCGAUUACACGGAUGCUAAACUGGUCGAUGUUAUUCACACCGAUGGCAAAAGCAUCUUUCUUUUAGGACUUCCAGGAUACGGGAUGAGUCAGCCGUGCGGUCACCUGGACUUCUACCCGAACAACGGCAAAGAGCAGCCAGGCUGCACGGAUCUGAGCGAAACGACCCCGUCCUUACCGCUGACGCUUAUAAAAGAGGGCUUGGAGGAGGCUUCACGAGUGCUGGUGGCCUGCAAUCACGUGCGUGCCAUAAAACUGUUCAUCGAGAGCAUCAACUCGAAGUGCCAAUACGUGGCACACGAGUGCUCUAGCUACGCAAGCUUCCUGAAGGGCGAGUGCUUCUCCUGCAAGAGCAACAACAGCCUCAGCUGUGGUGUCAUGGGCUACCAUGCGGACACCAGCCCUGCUUUGGUCAGGCGACAGGCUAUGGGUCAGGAUGUUCUGUCGCUUCUGGGGUCUAAAUUCUUCUUCUCUACUGGCAAGGACGACCCUUAUUGCAGGAGGCAUUACAGAAUUACCAUCAACCUUGCACGCCCACCAACUGCAGAGAGCUGGGUGCAAGGCUUCAUGAAGGUCACCCUGUACGCUGAGAAUGGCAUAAUGAGGGACGUUGACCUUACUCCUAGUGGAUACAUGAAACUGGAACACGGUUCGACGGUGCGAAUGGUAGUCGCACAUCCUGCCGGGGCAUUUGGUGAAAUUGGAAAAAUCAAACGAGUCGAACUUUCAUGGGUUUACGAUAUGGACGUGCUACAACCGCGAUCGUUGUGUUUCUUUUGGUGCAACGAUCGCCUUUACGUGAACAGCGUCACUGUAGAUGUUAUGGAACUUCCUGGCAGAGGAAAAAGAGAAGCAGACUUCACUAGUAAACUUUGCUCAGCCAGCAGGCAGGAAUACGCAGAAAUUGCUAGUGGAUCCACAGCAGCUUUCGUAGACAACUGCUGACAUUUUCUUCAAUAUAAUUGGAGCGUUACUGAUUACGCUGUGAUCAGCCUGAGGUUUGUGAUAGUGUUC